AUGCUUAAGAAGAAAAAGUGUAAAGCAUCAAAAGGGAAACAGAAACAACAACAACAACAGCCCCCCAUAGUUGCACCAAUUGAUCGAAUUUCUUUACUUGUUGCACCAGACGAUAUUCCUACAUUGUACCAUACCAUGAAAUCAAUAGUAGCUAAAUUAGAGCCAUACAUGGACCAAUCUGGGGUGUCGAAUAACACAAACAAUGGACUUAUGUCGAAUGUGUCGUCGGUUUUAGUUGAUACUACUGGACUUGAUUCUACUUUAUUGAAAUACGAUAAUAGUGAAGAUGAUGUCGAUAAUGGCGACAAUGCUUCUGCUUCGGGUUUAGAUUUGAAUAUUUUAGUUACUUCAAAGGCCAAACAGGAUAGGAAUUGCAAUGACAGUACAAAUGACAUUGAUUUGAAUCAAUAUAUCCCAUUUGAAAACACCAAACCACUAAUUAAAGAACAAGUUUCACAACCGAAGGAUUCUAUUACAGUUGAUGACAUACAGAAACGUGCAGUUGUAUCUCAAGUGAAACCCCACAAUGGAACUAUAGAUAAGCCAAUUGCGACUAUCAAAAAAGAAUGUAAUGGUUGCAUAAUCGACACCAACCAAGUUUUUGAUUCAAACACUGGAUUAAACAAUUUACUUUAUGAGUAUGAUGUAGAAGCAUUUGCAUAUCAAGAAUAUGGCGUGAAUGAAAUCAGCACCGCUUCUACAUCGACAAUGGAAUGUGAUGACCAAUUUGACAAUGUUGCGAUUGUAAAUGAUAAUAAACAUUGUCACCCAGCACCACCACAAAGAGAUGAUUAUUUGGCAACCAUUCUUGAGGAAUAUUCUCCAUUUUACAACUUUCCCAUUGAUGAAGAAAUUAGUGAAGUUGAAAGAACAUGUCAUAAUCCAUAUAAAAUCGUAUUUGCUGGUCAAUUUUAG